UCCCAAUCCCUCAGACCGUACCUCCAGGCGGUGCGGAGCAGCCUUACGGCGGCGCUCUGCCUGUCCAACUUUGCGUCGCAGGCAUCGGAGAGGCACAACGUGCCCGAGAUCGAGGCGCAAACGUCGCCCGAGGUGCUGCUGACACCCCUGACGAUUGCACGCAACGAAAACGAGCGCGUCCUCAUCGAGCCCAGUAUCAACAGCGUCCGCAUCAGCAUCAAGAUCAAGCAGGCCGACGAGAUCGAGCACAUCCUGGUCCACAAGUUUACGCGUUUCUUGACACAGCGCGCGGAAUCGUUCUUUAUCCUGAGGAGGAAGCCCAUCAAGGGAUAUGACAUUUCCUUCUUGAUCACCAACUUCCACACGGAAGAGAUGCUUAAGCACAAGCUGGUUGAUUUCAUCAUACAGUUCAUGGAGGAGGUUGACAAAGAGAUUUCGGAGAUGAAGCUCUUCCUGAACGCAAGGGCAAGAUUUGUGGCCGAAUCUUUCUUAACACCGUUCGACUGA